AUGGGCAAUCAUUCAGUGGACAUAAUGGCUGUCAACGAAACCUGGUUGCGCAAGGGUGAAGAUGACCGGGCGCCUAGCGUACCUGGUUAUAAACUCAAGCACAUCCCGCGUCCAUUGUCUAUACGUGGGGGGCGAGGCGGAGGGGUCGCCUUCUACAUCAGAAAUGGAAUACCUGCACGUGUCAGAGCCCACCCUGAACACCCUAAUGUCGAACAGCUUUGGUUAACCCUUACCGUGAAUAAAAUCAAACUACUCAUUGGCACUGCAUAUCGCCCACCAUGGUUGGAACUGGAGACUUUCCUCGACGGACUGACAUCAAGCAUAGGUAGCCUGGCCCCCUUCGAUAAUCUAAUACUGUUAGGGGACUUCAAUGUCAACAUGGUGGACGUUAACAACUCGAAAUCCAGACAACUUGCAGAUUUUGUCAGCUAUCUCAACUUGACUCAAGUGGUCACAACUCCCACGCACUUUAUAGGUAAUAGUAGCUCGCUCAUUGACGUAAUCUGCACUGAUGCUCCAAUCCGCAAUGUUGAGGUGAAUCAUAUUAGUGAGCUUAGCCAUCACGCAUUUAUCACCUGCGAGACGGUCUUCAAGAAACCUAAAUGCCAACCUAGGUCAGUGGUAUAUCGCCCUCUCAAAGACAUUCUGGAGGAUUACUUCGACAGGGAUUUAAAAAGUAUACCUUGGUCUAUGGUGGGUGACAUGAAUGAUGUUGAUUCAAUGGUGCAAACAUUCAACUCAUUUGUUAUCCAAUUGUUCGACCUCCACGCUCCCAUUAGAUGUAAAACUUUUAGAUCCCGUCCCACUCCAUGGAUCACUGAUAACAUCAGACUAAUAUCGAAACUGAGAGAUGAGGCCAGGGACAAAUUUCGUAAAUCUAAGCUACCAGAACAUAAGAGUAAUUACCUAGACCUUAAGCAUCUAGCCACCACGGCACUGGCUAAUGAGAAGGCCGCUUAUUUCGCUAGUAGUAUUAAUAAUAACAUCAGGGACCCUAAAUUAUUAUGGCGCAAUUUAAAAGCAGAUGUUUUGCCUGACCACAAACAAAGACUUCUGCCGGAACACUUUGAUAACCCUGACGAAAUCAAUGCGGCUUUCCUAGACGUUCCCGGUGAUUGUAGUCAUAAUGAUUCGCAGUCAUCUUUCUUUGAGUCGCACAGGUUUAGCGAUGCUACUUUCACUCUGACAACAACCAAUUCCGAAGUAAUCCUCAAGAUAAUUAGAAGCCUAGAGUCUAACGCACAGGGUGUCGAUGGCAUCAGUCUCGACAUGAUAAACCUCACUUUACCAACUACCUUGCAAGCCAUCACAGACAUCAUAAAUUGUUCAAUAAUCACACAUACAUUCCCUGAACUCUGGCGAUGCGCUAUUGUGCGACCGAUCCCUAAAAUUAACAGUCCAACCAACACAAAGGACCUAAGGCCAAUCAGUAUACUGCCCUGCCUAUCAAAGAUCUUGGAACGCGUAGUGCACUCGCAGGUCAUUGAAUACCUUGAAGCAAAUAACAUUCUUCCUGACCUACAAUCGGGCUUUAGGCAGGGCAGAGGUACUGCAACGGCUUUGGCCGACGUAGUGGGGAAUAUUCUUGAGGCACGGGACAGGGGGGAGGGCACAAUUUUGGCUCUGCUAGAUUUCUCCCGCGCUUUUGAUGCAAUUAACACCACUCUACUUCUGUCAAAGUUAGCUUUUUAUGGUUUUGAUAAGAACACGGUAAAGUGGUUUAAAAGCUAUCUUUCGGGCCGAUCUCAAUUUGUAGAGAUGCAAAGAGAGGAUGGGUCAAGAGUGUUAUCCUCCCCCCUCAGCGUGUCCAGGGGCGUUCCCCAGGGAUCGAUUUUGGGGCCCUUGCUUUAUAUCCUAUAUAGCGCGGAUAUUGUAAAGUCUUUUGCCCAUUGUAAAUAUCAUAUGUAUGCUGACGACAUCCAGCUGUAUUUGUCGUUCAAGGUCAAUGAAACAUCUGAGGCAGUGCAGAAAAUCAAUGAGGAUUUGCAUAGGGUGGUUGUUUGGUCAGAUUUGAAUUCACUGGUCCUUAACCCGCUCAAAUCGAAAUUUAUGGUUCUGGGCUCUAGAAACCAAGUACAAACUAUUGAGUCAGCUAACCCUGAGAUAGUGAUCAUGGGAGAGAAAAUCGAGAGGGUUAAGCAAGCAUGCAAUCUGGGCCUAAUUAUGGACCCGGAGCUGCGAUUUGAGGCACAUAUAACUAGAAUGUUAGGAAAUUGUUUCUAUAGGCUAAAGUCUAACCAGAUGCAGCUGAGUUUCAGGGUUGUAAAUCGAGCGUGCCUCUAUGACCUCGUCAACCUAGUUGGGCAAAAUAGGCAACCUGAUACCCCUUGGUUAGUUGUCAUCUGUAAAUCUUUGGCAGGCUUAAAGGGUGGUCAGAAAGAUGACCACCAGAGUUAUCAAAGGAAAUCGGAAUUCCCGGGUCUGGAUAGAAGAAAAAGGCUAGCAGACAUGCGUGUUGUCAUCACACAACACUUUACUGAAAGAACUGUCACUCCGGGUGGCGACAUAAGCAUGCAAUGUGCAGCCACUGGAGAUCGGCCUCCGCAGUUCGUGUGGGAGAGAGAUGGUAUCGUCGUGUCUAGUAACACGGAUCCUAGAUACGCCCUAGGCCAAGUGAUGACAUCAGAUAACUCAGUAGUGACGCAGCUGAACAUCACCAGAGUGAGAGUGGAAGACGGAGGACUGUACUCCUGCACCGCCAGGGAGGGAGACCAUGUGGCUUCCCAUGAGAACAGGCUUGAUGUUUAUGGACCACCAUACAUCAGGUCUUUACCACCAGUCAAAGUACAAAGUGGAGAAUCAGUUAAUUUAAGAUGCCCAUUUUAUGGAUAUCCGAUAAGCAAAAUCGACUGGGAAUACCAAGGCAAGCUGUUAACAUCAAACGCGAUCUUCCAAUCCCGCUACAAGAGAUCCCAUCAAAAACGCAAAUUCAGACGUAACACCCCAAGCGUGAACAUCAAUGGAAUUCUUUCCAUACCAGAAAUAUCUAAGGAGUCCAACGGAGCUAUAUACACUUGCAUAGUAACCAGUCCUUCUGGAGAAAUGGCCAGAAGGGCUUUUGAAAUUCAGGUCAUAGAGGCACCGGUACUAGAUGAUCUGCUACUGGGGACGAAUCUGCAAGAAGGACAAAUUGUGAAUAUAUAUUGUAAUGUAAGGACUGGGGAUCUGCCGAUACAUUUUGAGUGGUUGAAGGACGGUAAAAGAAUUUCUAGUGGGUUGAAGGUAGUAGAAAGAAACUCAGAGCUCUUCAGCGCGCUAGUCAUCAAGAAAGUAUCAUUAGAACAUUGUGGAACCUACACAUGCGUAGCCUCCAACCAUGUGGCGAAAGUCAACAGAUCUACAGAACUUUAUAUAAAAGUGGCUCCAAAAUGGUUAGACGAGCCGAACAACUCUUCACUUCUCCUGGGCAGAAGAGGAACAGUGUCGUGCAGUGCCAGCGGCUACCCGCAGCCUCAAGUGCAUUGGAUGAAGAAAGAUGCUCUCCUCGGCACCUGGCAGCCAGUCCUAGAGCUGGCCGGUGGUGGGAUCCUUAGCUUGCCUAACGGGACCCUCAUUAUUGAGGAGGUGUCUCUCACGGAUGAAGGGUUGUACUCCUGUAACGUGGAGAAUGGAGUUGGACAGCCGUUGAGCAAGACUGUUUGGAUGAGUGUUAAUAAACCAGUCCACUUUGAAGCCUCUUCAUCAAACGUGACGUCACGACUCGGUCACCCAGUGACGCUAGAAUGUCGCCCACUGGGUGACGAGCCCAUCAGGGUUACCUGGACGCAUGAUGGAAAUAAUUUAGAUUUUAUUAAUCAAAGGGCAAAAAUAUCAGAAACCAAAACAGCUCUUGGAGUAGUCAGCACCAUCAACCUUCAGUACUCAGAAACUGCUGAUGCUGGUCUAUAUCAGUGCAGAGCCACCAAUCCAUAUGGAACUGCCAGUUUUGGAGUACAUCUUACUAUUUUAGAACCCCCCACUCCGCCAUCAGACUUGCGCGUUGAAACGGUGCGGUCGCGCACCGCCGCAGUGUCAUGGCGAGACACGUUGAGAGCGCACGCCCGACAUUAUACGCUGCAGUACUCGCAUUUGCAUUAUAGCGAUGCGGUUUGGGAACAUGCUACUACUAUGAAUGUUACGAGAAAAGAACAAGAAAUCCGUCAAACAGUGGAACUCCAGAAUCUUCGACCAGCCACGCCAUACGCCGUCCGAGUUGCUACGGGCAACCAAGUCGGCGUGUCAUUAUAUACGGCACCCGUACAUUUUACUACGCAUGAAGAAGCUCCAUCAUCAGCCCCCGUAAACGUGCAAGUGGAACAGACAGAGAACCCCGGCGAGUUGUACGUGUCCUGGUCUGCGCCACUACAGGACGCGCACAACGGAGUCAUAGUGGGGUAUCACGUGAAGGCCGUCGCUCAGAGCGUUGGCACUGGUAGGUUUGAAGAAGCUGAUACACGAACCAUCAAAGUAUCUCAACUGUCGGGCAAACAAGAAACAUUGUUGAGCGGACUUAUGAAGAACACCAGGUAUGCCGUAUCAGUGUCAGCCUUCACUAAUGCCGGUUCUGGCCCAUUCUCGCUACCCGUAUUCCAAGACACUAGGGAAGGAGCUCCCGAACAAGCUCCAUCAUCAGUAGAAUGUACAGCAGUGUCAUCGACAUCACUGAGGAUCGGCUGGCAACCAAUAGGGAUGCCUGGACAAGGCAACUCACUUGUAGGAUAUACUGUGCUUUUUGCUACUGAUGAAGCGGCCUGGCAGAACCAGACGUCUUUACACACGGAGCUCUACUUACAAAGUCUGCUGAAAUACACCAACUAUACAGUGAAAGUUGCUGGAUUCUCCAACUUUGGGGCCGGGCCUUAUUCCUAUCCUAUUGUUUGUGCUACUUUGCAAGAUGUGCCUGGUCCACCAGCAGAUAUUAAAGUCCUGGUGCUGUCAUCAUCAUCACUUCUCAUCAGUUGGAAGAAACCACUGCAUCCGAAUGGAGAACUCCUACACUACACCGUUUAUGUUAAACCUACGUCCAGCAACGGGCCGGCACAGACGCUCCGCAUAGAGGCGGGACGCAGCACCGCGGAGGUGACGGAACUUUCGGCCGGCAGGACGUACGAGGCGUGGGUCACGGCCAGCACUGCUGCAGGGGAGGGUGGUGCUACUAGACGGGUUUCUCAUACUCCUACUCAUAGAGUGGUAGCAGGAGUCGCCUCCCUCGGCGGCACAGUAUCAGUAGGAGUCGGCAGUUCCCUACUCCUCGUGUGUCAAUGUGUGGGCUCCCCGCCGCCGCGUACGGUGUGGUACCACAAGCACAACAUCAUCACACACCAUCCGAGGUUCACGAGGAACCAUGAUGACAGUCUGCUUAUUAACAACAUAGACCAGUCCCUAAGCGGCAACUACACGUGCCUAGCCAAGAACCUGUACGGUUCUGACUCAGUGGAGUACACUGUCAUAGUACUACCACUGCCCGAAGCGCCGAUACUCCGAGCCACGCCUUACAAGGACUCUAUACUGGUGGAGUGGGAACAGCCUUAUUAUUCCGUCAAUAGGACUGGGAGUCAGAAGAUUAGUUACAGCCUAACCUGGAAAGAAGCCAACAGUCCAUGGAGAGAGGCAUGGCCAUCGAACAAGUUGCCCAACUUAUCAGGAGUACAGAAACAUGUCCUAACAGGUCUCAAGUGUGGGACGAAGUAUUCGCUGCGGAUCACUGCUACUAACAAGGUUGGGACCUCACAGCCUGCUUAUUUGGAUGUCAGUACUUUGGGGGGAGUACCAAUCCCACCAUCCACAAACGAGUGGCUAUGGAGUAACGCGUCACAUAUCUACGUGCAGCUCGCCGGCUGGGAGCACGGCGGCUGUGCGCUCAGGGUGCUAGAUGUGGAAUACAAGCAGCUCGGUGCUAGAGCUUGGAUUAGGGCUCAUAAUAAUAUGCCAUACUCAGACCUCUCUUCCUGGAGCCUCUCAUCUCUCUACCAGUCGAAGAUCCCAACAUUCGCGAUAUCAGACCUCGCUCCCGGCACGUGGUACCAGUUGCGAGUCACCGCCACCAAUGAGGCGGGCAGUGUUACUACCACUUACAGUUACGCCACUAAGAAUGAGGAUGGGAGUGAAGUGGGACCGCCGUCAGAGCUGUUUGAUUUGAACAUGUUGGUGAUAAUCUGCAGCUCAAUCCUCCUCACUAUCUGCCUGCUCAGUUGUAUUUACAUACUCGUCAAGAGACAGAGGGCCGGCAACCUAACAGAAUACAGGGACUCAAUAACAAUAGACAACAAAUCCGAGAGUGGCAACUUAACGGCUAACACUUCACAUACAAACUUAGCCAACGUUAAAGAAAGUGCUAUGAAUGCGCAGAAUAGAAUCUACAGUGCACCCAUACAUAUGAGGAAUAAUAGUAAACAUGAGUUGUACGAGAUAAGUCCAUAUGCGCAGUUUGCAGUGGGCUUCAGGACGUUUGGUCACGUUGAGAACCAAGACCUGCCGAGUCGGCAUACUAAACAUAGAUAUGAUACAGAAACCAGUUUCCAAGUGUGUUCAGAAUCAGAGGACAGCGAUAGCAUAUCAAAGUCUACUCUAAAAAGUGUUCCAAGAAAAGUCUGCAGAACCCCUCACCAUAGGUAACUAAAUAAGG